AUGGAGACGACUCAACUGGUAGAGACAGAUAUUGUCCUCUCUUCAACGUGGCCGGAAGAUAUAAAUGAACCAGGGAGGCAGUUCAAUGUAGAAAGGCCAGGAGCCGAUCAAGAUAUAUUGGAGGAGGUUGCAAUCAACGAGGAGCCUACAAUAGUGGAUUUUAAGCAUCUUUCAGAGCUUAUGGACUACAGUGAGAAAGGUUCCUCACAAUUGGCCUAUCUGGUAAAGAAUUGGGAAAAUAAGCAGGAAAAAGCUGUAAGGCUUCUAAGAGAAGAACUCGAUAACCUUAGCAAGCAACAGCAAGAAGUUGAACUCAAGAAAUUAGAGAUAUUGGAAGAACAUCGUAUUGAACCAGAUAGAAAUGGGGGAGAUAAGCGUCCAAUUUCAACUUUGGAUGAAAAUUUACGAUACUCCUCAGAGAAAGAAUGA